AUGAGCGUCUGGACGUCUCGGUUCGCUCUCUUCACCUCGGUCUACCUCUUUCUGCUUUUAAACUGUUCGUGCACAGUGGCGACUUUCGAAGUAACACUGCUUCACACCAACGACAACCAUGCACGGAUCGAGGAGACCAGCGAGGACUCCGGGAAGUGUCUGCCCGACGGUCCUUGCUUUGGCGGGGUUGCCAGGAGGUUCACUAAAGUGUCGGAAAUACGAAAAAGGGAGAAGAAUGUGUUGUUUCUGGAUGCUGGAGACCAGUUUCAGGGAACUGUCUGGUUCAAUUACUAUAAGGGCGCCGAAGCAGCGCACUUCAUGAACAAACUUGGUUAUGAUGCUAUGGCUUUUGGAAACCAUGAGUUUGACAAUGGAGUGGAGGGACUGAUCCAGCCUUUCCUCCUGAAUGUAAAUUUCUCUGUGGUGAGUGCCAACAUACAACCCGACCAGACUCUGGCCCCAAAACUCAGUGGCUACUAUGAGCCCUACACAGUCAUAAAUGUGGGCUCAGAGAAAGUGGCUGUAGUCGGCUACACCACUGCAGAGACCCCCUUCCUAUCCAUGCCAGGCCAUCACCUCAAGUUUGAGGAUGAGGUGGAGGCGCUUCAGCGUCAGGUCGAUAAGCUGGAAACCUUAGGCUAUAAUAAGAUAAUCGCUCUGGGCCACUCUGGCUUUGAAGUGGAUCAAGAAAUCGCCAAACGUGUAAGAGGGGUUGACGUCGUUAUCGGAGGACACACCAACACAUUCCUCUAUACUGGAAGCCCCCCAUCCACUGAAAUGAAAGCAGGUCCAUACCCUUUUAUAGUGAGGUCUAACGAUGGGAGAGAUGUGCCGGUGGUGCAGGCGUUUGCUUUUGGGAAGUACCUUGGCUACUUGAAAGUUACCUUUGAUGAGGCAGGGAAUGUGAUAAAAGCUAUUGGAAACCCCAUCCUAAUGGACAGCAGCAUACCUCAAGACCCAGAUAUCCUUGCUGACAUUGAGAAGUGGAGGGAAGACUUGGCUCAGUACUCCUCACAGUAUGUCGGACAAACCUUAGUCUAUCUCAACGGGACGUUUGAGGAGUGUCGAUUUCGGGAGUGUAACCUUGGAAACCUGAUCUGUGAUGCUAUGAUUCAUCACAAUAUAAAGUAUUCAAGUGAGCUGCAGUGGAACCACGUGGGUAUUUGUAUGCUGAAUAGUGGGGCCAUACGGGCAGCUAUAGACGAGCGCUACAAAAAUGGUUCCAUAACUAUGGAGGAGAUCCUCACUGUUUUACCAUUUGGUGGAACCUUUGACUUGGUCAAGAUAAAGGGAUCAACGGUGAAAAGGGCAUUUGAACACUCCAUUCACAGAUAUGGAAGCAUGUCUGGAGAAUUUCUUCAAGUCUCAGGCAUUCACAUCGAGUAUGACCUGUCCAAACCAGUGAAUCAGCGUGUAGUGUCUGUGUCAAUGCUCUGCACCGAGUGCCGUGUCCCCAAGUAUAAGCCGUUAGACCUUGAGAAGACGUACACUGUGGUCAUGCCUUCAUUCAUGGUGGACGGAGGGGAUGACUUCACCAUGAUCCGGAAGGAGUUACUGAAGCAUAGCACAGGUGAUAUGGACAUUUCUGUUUUUUCCAAAUACAUCUCGGACAUGAAGCGUGUGUACCCUGCAGUGGAAGGCCGGAUUAUGUUCAGGAACUCAGCUGUCUUUACAGGCCACAGCCUUGGUUUGUUGCUGCUGGGUUUAUGUCUGAAUGGCUUUGUACACUCUGGCAAACUGUGAUGAACUGAAGGGCAAGUUUGCCUGGGUGAUAUAUUUCUGCCUUCCGUCACUGAGUAGAAAUGAAUGUAACCAAGCCAAAGCUUCUAAGUAUUUAUGCACCUGAAUGUGCCUAAACGUAUUACAGUUUUCUAGUCUUCCACCUUAAACUCAUUUCAUUUGACUCAUUAUGACAAAUAACAGAGCAACGUGAGUGCUAAUCGAAGAAUUACAGUAUAUUACCCUACCUAUUUAAGUAUGUUCAUUAAAUGACAGGCACAGAUGUAUUGCUACAACAAUAUAUUGUAGAUAUGAUCUAUAAAUAAGUCAUAGUUUUUUGUUUGUUCUCAUGACCAGUGCCUAUUUGAGCAUAUUCAUCCACACAGAAAAACAAAUACCUAUGUAUGUGCUUACUGCCUUUGUUUACUCCAAAGUCAUCUUUAUUUUUACUUAUUUUACUUACUAAGUACUUUUGUAAGCUUGUUAGAAUAAACUGAAAGUGGAAAUGGAAGGAAUUUUUUUACAUAUUGAAAAAUAAAUGGCAUCAUGAC